CACAUGAUGCUACGUACGGUGACGUGUCUCCAACUGGACAUGUAGCAGGAAGCAGCUCUUUGCCUCAACAUGAACACAGACGAUACCAACGAUGAGGACGUGUCUCUGUUCGACGCAGAGGAGGAUGCUGGGAAAAGAUCCAAGAAGAGUAUAAAACACCCGGUGGCGGCGUUCUUCCACCUGUUCUUCAGAGUCAGUGCCGUCCUCGCCUACCUGGUCUGUGAACGGAUCAGCAACAGCUUCAUCGCCGGCAUGGUCACCAUCAUCCUCCUGCUGUCAUGUGACUUCUGGACUGUUAAGAACAUCAGUGGGCGGCUGUUGGUUGGUCUACGAUGGUGGAACCAGGUGGACGACGAUGGGCGGAGCCACUGGGUCUUUGAGUCCAGAAAGGGUUCUGGGAAACCUCAGGGCUCUGAAUCGGAGUCUCGGAUCUUCUGGCUGGGUCUGAUCAUCUGCCCCGUCCUCUGGGUCAUCUUUGCCUUCAGCACUCUCUUCUCCUUAAGUAUUAAGUGGCUGCCCGUCGUCAUCAUGGGGGUGGUGCUACAAGGAGCCAACCUGUACGGAUACAUCCGCUGUAAAGUGGGAGGGAAGACCAGCCUGAAGAACGUCGCCACUAAUUACUUUGGACGACAGUUUCUCAAACAGGCUCUGUCUAAAGAAGAGGAGUCGUAGACGACGACGAUGACAUUACAUCAAACUGAAUUCAACCACAUUCUUCUUCUUUUUAACGUUGUGUAACAGUGAGUUUGGCUGAUGUUUUAGUGCAUGAGUGACAGACUUUGAAUUAGUGGAAGCAGACUUUAGUUCCAUGUCUUUCAUUUAGUUUGUGUUCCCGUCGGCCUCCCGCUGAGCUUUAAUCUGCAGAAUAGAACGUCUAAAUGUCAGACGGUGGUUUGUGGAGCGUAUUAUACAAGCAUUCAGUUUGUAAAAUACACUGUAAAAUAUUCAGAGUUUGUAAAUAUGUAAAGAAACUGACUUCUUUUUGUGCAAAUACAUUUCUAACAUUUUCCCAAAA